GGAAAAUGCGGCCACAAUCUGAUGUGCCUCAAGCUAAGGCCUCAAAGUGUCCAAAAAUCACUGUAUUGUCUAGAAUUGUGACCUUGAUUUCACUAGUAAUAUCACUGGGCAUCAUGAGAAGCAACCGUCCCAUCUGGGUUGGUGGCUCUGCAGUGUAUUUCAUUGAUUACAAGAAAAUUGGAAGCUAUCAGUACAUGCUUGUUAGUAUAAUAGUGGGGCUUGCCUACAACUUGUUGCAGACUCCAUUUGCAGCCUACUAUGCAAUAAGAGGGAAAAGAAUCAUAAACAACACUAAAUUUCUCCUGUUUGAGUUCUAUGGAGACAAGGUCAUAUUGUCCAUAUUAGCAACUGCAGUUGGUGCGGCCUUCGGAGUAACUACAGAUCUUAAGACACUUUCAGAUGGUAACAAAGGAAUUUCAAACGAUGUUCGAUCGAAGUAUGAUGAAUUUUAUAGCAUGGCCUUUGUCUCAGCUGGUUUCCUUUUCAUCGGAUUCAUUAGUUCUGGAAUUUCUUCUAUCACAUCAUCGUUUGCUGUAACUAAAGAAGAAUAACUCCAACAACAACCAAAUAUAACCUCAAAACAUGUCAAGUUAUUAAUGAAUUGAUUUAAAUUCGUGAGUUUAUAUGUAUUUGUGAUUUCUGUUGUAUUUGAUUACAUUACAGUGCAAUCAAUUGGGCUAGUUUGGUUGGCCACUCGUGUAUCAUUGCCAAAGGCAGAGAUUAAUUAUUUAUCCUACUUUGAUUUAAAAUGUAAUUUUUAAUUAGAUUAUCAAAUUUGAGAUAAUUCCGAACUCGUCAUAAAAGUGUUGCUAUUAUUCUCAAUUUGACUUCUUCCUCGUUAUUU